AUGAGACUAGUAAUAAUAAUCAUGCUAGGCAAACUUUUAUUCUUUUUUGAAAAGGUGUUCGUUCGAAAUUUUCAUUUUGAAUAAGCAGAAUGCUACAUUUAAACUAUCAUUUAACUGAAUUUAAUGGGUUUGGUGAAUAGAAACAUAAAAAAUUUAGAGAAAAAUGUUAAUAAUGUUUAGAUUACGCUAAAUGAACCCUUACAGAUUGAAUGA